AUGAAGAAAGAUGGCACUGAAAAGGAGCUCAAGAGAUGUGCUGAGAACAUGCUCUCUGAAUUUGGAGAUGGGAUCCUGACAGUUUUCUCUGAUGGAUCAAAGGCUGAUGGUAGAGUAGGAUGUGGCUAUAGAUGUGUGCUUGAUGGGUACGUUCUAUGUGAGAAGGUAGUCCCGCUCAGUCCCUAUGGUUCGAUCUACUAUGCUGAGUUGGCUGAUGUCUUCCAUGCUCUACGGUGGUUACUAAGUAUGGAUGGUAGACUG